CUUUGAUCGUGGAGACAAAAAAAACUGCGAACCCCAGGAGAAGAGAAGGACAGCGCCCAGAAGAAGUAAAACCUCUGCGAACUGUGCGGAGCAUCGUGCUGGAAAUGCGGUGUUUGUCUGCGGGUGGUCGGACAUUAAAUCACAGGACAUGUCUUUUGGUUUGUUGAAGCCACAGUGCUACACUCAGCUCCUCAAGCAUGCGACAGUAGUGACAGUAUCUCUCCGUUCAGCAGCACCGUUUGAUCUAAGAGAAACGUGCCUUGUAAGGAAGCAGGAUGUUCACAGGAUCCACCAAACUGCCACCCACUAAAACUCCCCAGCCAGAGCGGCUGGAUGAAGUCUACGCUGCCUUACGCAGAGGCUUACAGUCGUACCUGCAGGUCCACCAGCUGGAGCUGGACAGUCUGGGUCAGCAGAUCAGAGAAAACAAGAGGAAUGGUCGUCUGGGGUCAUUGUAUGAGCUGGAUAAGCAAGUGAAAGCCAUAGAGAGGUUCAUGCGUCGCUUGGAAUUCCACCUCAGCAAGGUCGAGGAGCUGUACGAUGCGUAUUGUAUACAGCGGCGACUGCGUGAUGGAGCGAGUAAGAUGGUGGCGGCCUUUAACUCCGCCACUGGCAGCAAGGAGGCCAGAGAGAGCCUGAGCGAAGCCAACAAGGGCUACAGGGAGUGUACAGAGCACAUGUGCUCACUUGAGAGUGAAUUAGAAAGCCAGAUGGGAGAAUUUCAUGUCAAGAUGAAGGGCCUCGCUGGCUUUGCGCGGCUGUGUGCUGGUGAUCAGUAUGAGGUACUAAUGCGUUAUGGGCGUCAACGCUGGAGGCUACGAGGCCGUGUGGAAGUCAGUGCUAAGCAGAUAUGGGACAGCGAAGAGUAUAUUUUCCUGCCUCUCGUCACAGAGCUGCUGUCAAUCAAGGUGACGGAGCUGAAGAGCCUGGCCAACCACGUGGUGGUGGGCAGCGUGUCCUGCGAAAUGCUCGACCUGUUUUGCCCACUCCCCCAGACGCUCGCUGUGGAUAUCAACGACCUGGGGACGGUGAAGCUAAACUUGGAGGUCACCUGGAGUCCGUUUGAUAAGGACGACCAGACAUCAUCCACCAGUACGGUUUCUAAACGGCUGCUGUCCAAUCAGAGCCCUCCAGACACGCCCUCUAUGCGGGAGCAGGUGUUUUAUUCUCUGCUGAAGCGACAGGGAGAGAUGGAGAACGGGACAGUCUGGUCUAACUCCUCUGAAUCCUCCGACGACUCCUCCAGUCCGGCGCUGGCUCAUCACGCUCAGAGGCUGACGGCCUCCAACAUGCUGCAGAGCACUCUCACCAGUCAGCUGUCACUCACUCCCCACAAGUCCAGCGUGUCAACGCCGUCGCUCUCGUCCAACCAAGAGGAGGACGAGACAGAAGCCGGGGAGGUCUUCUCUCAGACAGAUGCUGUGCCAAACGGCCAUCUGCAGACUUCCUGCUCUCACAGCCAAGUGGGCGAGAGCAGCCUGGACUGUACUGUGACUGACAGGGCAUCUCUGCAGUCCACUGACCUCUCAGACACCUCAGUGGACCUGAGCUGCUCGUGCCCUGACGUCUCCUCUGUACCUCUUGUGUCGUUAGUGGAGAGAGCAGAUGUUCCUGAAAGUGGCAUCCCACAAGUGUGUGUUUCAGCAGAGGGGGUAAAGGAUGAACCCUGCGAGGACUCCUCUUUACAGGCUGAAGCAGAAACAGAGGACAGCACCACUGAGGCACAGGGUGGAAACCAGCUAGAAGCAUCAGAGAAACACUGUCAGCCACACCAGUCCAGUCAGGAGCCCAAACAAGCAGAGGACGCUCCUACGGUUUCUUUUCCUACUUCCUCUAGUUUCAUCCAGGAAGUUGAGACGGCCCUCGAAAGUUUUGACUUUCUCAACUGCUCUGACCUUGAUGAAGAGGAGGAAGAGGAGCAACAAGUGAAAGACAAAGGAGAAAAGGAAGAGGAGCAAGGAGAGAAAGACGAAGGAGAAAAGGAAGAGCAAAGAGAGAAAGAUGAGGGAGAAAAAGAAGAGGAGCAACAAGAGAAAGAUGAGGGAGAAAAGGAAGAGGAGCAACAAGAGAAAGAUGAGAGAAUAAAGGAAGAGGAACGACCUGAGAAAGAGGAAGGACAAAAGGAAGAGGAGCGUGGCCAACAUCCUGACAUCCAACACAGAGUGGAGGAAGAAGAAAAGGUUGAAGGGAAUUUCUACUCUGGUGGAAGUGAUGACGAGGAGGAGGCAGACGGCCUUGAGAUCCUCAUGGAAGCCCCAGAGGGAUUUAGGAACUCAGAUGAAGAUCGUUUUUCUGAAUCACAGGAGUCGAGUGUGGAAGAUGUGCACGAUUUAGGAGAGAUCGAACUACCUGAGGAUAAGGAGGAACCCAAGGGAGAUGAACAACACGAGGACACAUCACAUGACCAAGAGGAGCGUCCCUCCACUCCCAGCCAUUUGGCCACGACUGUCUUCUAAUGACACAGUGAAACCAUAGCGAAACCAUUUUUCCUGCUCUGUUCUGCUCAUGCCAACUCCCUCCUCUCAUCCCGAGGGACCAGAGGCCUUGAGGAUGUCCCACUUACUGCUCAGACAAACAAGCUCCUCCAUUACGGCCGAGUUUGUGCACAUAUCUGCCUUGUUUGACAAAGAAUGAUAAACCUUGGGGUUUGAUGAUAAACCUUCAGUCACGUCUGAAAGUCUCACACACACACACAAACACACACACACACACACACAAACACACACACACACACACACACACCCUUCAGUAGAUCUUUGUUCAUUCAACACAUGCUCUUAUCAUGUUGCCUGAGUUACAGUGGGAUGCCACUUCAGUUUACACUUUCAUCUGUUCCUGUCAUGUGAAAAUUCAGUGUCCAAAAACAUUUCAGGAGCAGCUAAAAGCGGCCUUGUUCUUGGCUUUAUUAGUGUGUUUUUUUAAUUGAUCUAAUAAUUUUGAAAAAGUUUUAUAUGUUGGAGUUGAUGGAUUUCUUCAAUCCACAGAAGCAUACAAUCAUUUGCCGAGUUGCAUUACAAGCUACCAGUAUUUGCGGAUAUGGGAAAAAUAUCGAGGUCAUGAUUUUCAGUGUUAAAUCGGUGCACAGCCCAGAGCUCUUUCACUGACCAUGUGAUGUUUGUCUGAGGAUUUUCAUCUACAUGAAGUCAUUUUCAAAGCAGGAAUUCACCCUGAAACCAACAGGAUAUUUUCAUAUUAUUCAUCAGAGAUGAGAAUUUUCAGAAAUGAAACGUCAAAGCUGCACCAGGGCCUGAGCUGAAACAUGUGUUUUAUAUAUAUAUGAGAAAUGAGUAUAAACACUUUGAAGACAGCAGUUUGAGUUUCUCUCCAAAAACUUCUCGGUCCAGUUUUUACAAACAUGGAAAGAACGUGCAGAGUAAAACUAUAUGUAAACCUGCAUGUGUCGCUGCCUCACACUGCCAGCAUGUCUGUAUAAAGAGCUCAAGUGAUCAGUUUUAAGUGUGUAAGCUAGGCUCCACUCAGAGGACGCCCUCAGUUCUGUAGCUGUGUACAAAAGCUGCCUCAUGAGGGCGCCAUAGUCUGUCAACGUCAUUGCUUUCCAUUGUUCUACGAAGCCUCGUCAUUCAGAAAGUGCCUAAAGAGACAGGGAUGUAAGGUUGUAAAUGCCAGGAUGGAAGAGAUCAGGCGAAAGAAAACAGUGUUUAUUUUCUGAAUUACUUUUAAGAGUGUGCACAAUAAGAGAUAUUUACUGUUUCAUAUAAAAGAAUUGUAUAUGUCUUGAAAUGUUUAUGUUCAGAAAUGUUUAAACUUUAUAAAGCUUUCUUUAAAAGUUACGUCUGCUGUUGUGGUGAAUGAAUUGGACUGUGACAAACUGCACAGCACCAACUGUUCAUGAAUCUAAUUUUAGAC